AUGGCAUCAACAGCAUCGCAGGUGGAGGUUUCUACUAUUGAAUAUUUGAACUCGACAGUAGUGCCGUUGUUCCUAGCAUGGUGCGGCACAGCCUUGACAUGGAUACUCCUCAGCAUCGUCUUGCCGUCGUUCAUACUCGCGCUCGGGGCUUACAUCAUUUUCACUGUUGACGCAUGGAGAUCUAGAGAAGGAAAGACUUCACAGGCACCUCCUGUACCGGUUCAGUGUCAAUUCACAAAACUCCCCUUUCUAGGAAAGAUGGAAGCUAUCUUAACCUGGAAUUGGAUUUCGGGAUGA